CGAUAAGAUACACAAUACUGGUCGUCUUCAUUAUUGAUGAAUAGAUCUUUGUCAGAUCACACAAUCCAGUCAUCUCCAGUACUCCAGAGUUAUCAUCCUCUUCAUUUACAAAUACUCUGUCAGUGUCUCCAUUCCAACUCCAUUACAAUGUUAUUUUCAAAACAAUUCAUUACUCUGUCAUGAACUAUUCAUCUCUUCAUGCUCAUUCAAAAGUACCUUAUUAUUUCGAACUGAAUAAAUGUAGCAGCUUGUAUGUGACAGUGAAAUACCAUGAAUCCAUCAUAUUCUCCAAGCUAUCUCGUUCGCCAUUUCCUCCUACACAAUUCUCAUCAUAAUUCGACUUUCUAUCAAGUCGAUGGUUGAUUGGUUAUUGUGACGAGAUAUUUGGUUGGAUGAUCAACUGUGUGCUUCACUCUAUAUAAUCUCAAUAGUGUUCUCUUCACUGUGAAUAGAUUAUUUGAUAGUGUUGGAAUGGCUUCACGUGAAUACAAAAAUGACUGCAUAAUCUUUGAUGAUAGUUAUGAAGGAUAUUCAGCGAAAAAUUUCACUUUACCAGAACCCUAUGAAAAACAUAUUUCGACCAUUUUGAUUCCUGGAGGAAUGGUUCGGAGUCGUUUGGAAAGAAUGUCUAUUGAUAUAUUGAGUGAUUAUGAGAAAUGUGGUGUAAAAUCUGUCUACAUAAUUUGUAUAUUGAAAGGAGGCUUCAAAUUUGCUUCCGACUUAUUCAAAACAUUACAAAAGUAUUCAUUUACACGUGACAAUUACAUCAAAGUCAGUAUUGAUUUCCUCGCUGCAAGUACAUACGUCGAUGAUUCAGUAGGUCAUGAUACCAACAUCACCCCGUGUACAAAUAUGGAGAAGUUCAGAGAUAAGGAUGUACUGAUUGUGGAAGAUAUGGUUGACACUGGCACAAGUUUAAACGAACUGGAGAGAUUUGUGAGGAAAUACGAACCGAAAUCUGUUUAUUCUGCAUGGUAUGUUCUUUUUAUGUUGUUCUCUCUUUAGUAUUGUCAUAGAAUGCAUUCGAAUUGAACGUAAUGAUUAAAUUGAGUUGGAUGUUAAGUGUGUUGAACAAGUUGAUGGAUUGCCGAAUAGACCUUAUAUAAACUUUAAUCAUGAGAGACUGAAUGUGUAGAAAUGAUUUGUUUAUGUUGAUAGUAAAUACUACUGAUGUCGUUUAACAGAUUUGUAACUUUAUUUGUGUGUUGUUGUUGUAAUACACGGUGUCUCUGAGACAUUGAUUUCAACGUAUUGUGCUUAAACACCAUAUAAUUAGUUGUGCUGAAUACUUUGUGAAUGUCUUCUAUUUAACUUUUACUAGUAAAAAAUACUUAUGUUGGUCAACCUUUCUUUUCCAUCGUUUCUAAAUAACAGUUUAUUAGUCAAGAGAAUUACAAAUGGCAUUGAAGAAAUACCACCAUACAAUUCAUUUAGCUGUUUGUCUAUUUGAUGUUGGAUUCGAAGUACCGAAUGUAUUCAUAGUUGGUUAUGGCAUCGACUACAACGAUCAGUUCCGUGAAUUGCCAGUAAGUGAAUUGGACGAAUGGAUAAUUUGUUGUUAUCAUCCACUCUGUGUGUUUGUUAUUAUAUGUGAGAUGAUGAAGUUUGAUGUGUCGAAUAAUUAAAUUGUAUUGCAGAGUGGUGAGUAGGUAUGAAUGUAAGCAAGUUAUUACGUUGACCAACAAAAAGUGGAGCAUGUAUCAUGUGAAUGAAUGAAUGAAAUGAUUGAAAUUUGCUUUGACAUUGUCCAGUGAAAAUGUUAAUAUUGUUCACUUUUUCUCCUUUGAUUAUUUCCUCUCCUUUUCAAGCAUGUGUGUGUAGUGAACGAUGAAGGCAAACGUGAAUUCCUUGGCAAAGGUUAACAUCUCAUGCUUUGUUUAACCAUUUAUUAACCGAGUAAAUAAUCAGAUUUGUGUUGGACAUUCUCUCAUUCAAUGUCACUACGUAUACAUUAAAAAAUGCAUAUUUUUUGGACUCAGUGGUCAAGCGAAUAACGUGAUGGCGUUUGAACCGAAAGGUACUGGGUUCGAGUCACAGAGUGAGCAUCAACUCAGAUGCAGGUACAUCCAGCUGACG